AUGACAAUGUCAGACUGCCCUGACACUUCAAGUGUCUCAAACUUCGUGGAGAACGCUACACCAACAGUGGAGAUUAUUUCUGUAGCCAGUACAGAGCCCAAUACCUUUAAUUUAAACCAAUUAUUAGCCCAGGCAACAAACUCAAGUAACUAUAACUUCAACAACCUUACUGCAAUCACUUCUCAAGUAAGCUCCACUACUAUUUUGGGCAAAGUCUUUAUCUUUCAAUAGGUCUGACAAAACUUUGUGCAAAAAAUUAGACAUGAGGGGGCCGAGCCCACUUUUCCGGCAAACCGUCCAGAAAAAAAUAAUAAAGCGUCAAGUCUUGCCUUUGAUCGUUCAGGUCAAGUCUCACUCAUUGCUGGAAAACUAACUUUCAAAUAUGUAUAUGUAUUGAUGUUUCAGAGACCAUCAUUAGACGAAUUCAUACGGCAAUAUAUUAGACAAGAGAUAGAACCAUUAACGCGAAGAGUGGAAUCUCUAGAAGCAGAAAGGCAGAUUCCUCCUGUCAUUGAUAACAAUACAAAUCGACCAAAUGUAAGCAAACUGUAAAACAGAUUUCAAAGCUAAAAUUGUCGUGUUUUUUUCGCAAGUUUGACUUUCUCAGUAUGCUACAUUAUUUUUAAAAAUAAUAGUUUUAGGGCCAAACAAGUCUAGAUGACCAAGUCAAGUUCAUAAUUAAAGAAGAACUUCAGCCAUUAGCUGCCAGGAUCAGUUUGGUCGAAGCCAAUUCAAGUGGUUACGUAACCAGGAACGAUGUAGCUCGUAUAGUCCACAAACAAUUGGCCAAGGCCCUUAACCAUAGUGCUAAUGAGUUUAUGAACCAAGAAAAGGUGCUGGAAGCAAGUCUAGGCUUCCCUGGAGGGGCAGAACAAAAGUCUUAUAAGAACUCGUUUCCAAAGCCUACUACCAGUAUGGUAGAAGACAACAUACCGUACCAGUUCUGUUUUGAAAAGAUGCCACCGACUAGUAUACUGUACUUUUUACCGUCAGAUCUAGGUACUCCGAGGUAUAUUGAUAUUGCCAGUCAUAUCAUACAGGCUUCUGGCUUGACCUCUAAAACGCUAACAGAUGUGGCAAAGUGGAUUCAGAAGACAAUAUUACAGAAGGUAAGUCUGAUUAUGACUUAAAAACAGCUUAUUUGUGAUUUCAAGACAUACAACCUAGAGGAUUAAUGCUUCUUUAAAACAUUUUACUAUUUUAUUACUGUACUUUUCUAUCGUAAUUUACUCGUUUAGGCAUACGGGAAAGAGCUGACUCAAAUGUCGGUGUCAGAGAACCCCAAAAACAAUUAUGUCUCUAUACCUAAUGCUUUGUUUGCUACUGUAGUGGACUUUGCUAUUCACUGUAACUGUCACGAACGCUUUCCGACCGACCCUGAUGUUGUACAAGCUAUUAGGGACCAGUUGAUUGAUACUUUAGAACGGACGGCAGCCGAAAAGUUGUAAGUUUUAAUUGUUUCUUACAUCAACAACACUUUCUGGAGGCGAUUUUCAGUGUAAUAUUUUUAAAAACAAAAGCCUCUUCAAAAGUUUCGUUUUAAAUUUAAAAAAACUUAAAUUUUGAAGUAUUAACAAUGUUUGGAAAAAGCAGUAAAAAGUUUUUUGGUAUUAUUAAAAUUUUCAGAAAAGCUUCACGAAAACACAAAAGAAGAACUCAAAACAAACAUAAUCUAGUCCAAGCCCUUCAACGAAACAUCAGUUUUUCUGAAAGUGAUGGUGAAGAUUCAGCUCCGCCAGAAAAGCGGGCUUCUGUCAUCAAAGAAGAAGCUUCAUGGCAACAAGUUUUAGAAUAG